AUGAUUUCAAAUUCAACCAUGGCUAUGCCUUCUUUACUACCCAAAACGGCACCGCAUCUCCUUUCCCUCACAAACCCUUACUCUUCCUUUUCCUCUCCCUCUAUUUCCAUCUUACCUUUCCGUUUCCACUUUCUGCCUCACCUUCCUCCUCUCUCUCCCCUCAAAGCAGCUUCCUCCGCCGGCGAUAAUUUGCGCAGCAAGCCCCUCGUGUCUCAGGGAAGGGGGAUUUUGCAGGAACACGGAAGCCACACUUUUGAAGAAGAAGACGACGACAAAUCGAUUGACUGGGAGGACCAGAUUUUGGAGGACACCGUUCCUCUCGUUGGCUUCGUCAGGAUGAUUCUUCAUUCUGGACAAUAUGAAAGUGGAGAUAGACUCAGUGAAGAGCAUGAGAAAAUCAUUAUUGAGAAGCUGCUUCCCUUUCAUCCAGAAUUUGAGAAAAAGAUCGGAUGUGGAAUUGAUUAUAUCACGAUUGGAUAUCAUCCUGAUUUUGAACGCUCUAGGUGUUUGUUCAUAGUUCGACAAGAUGGGCAGUUAGUUGAUUUUUCAUAUUGGAAAUGCAUAAAGGGCUUGAUCAGAAAGAAUUACCCAUUAUAUGCAGACAGUUUCAUUCUCAGACAUUUCAGGAAGAAAAGUCGUAAUUUGUGA